AUGCCUCGACCUCUCCGGUCUCUCCGCACCCAAUCGAAUACCACGGCGAUGCGAGCUAAUAGCGAAAAUACCGCACACUCGCCUGACCUCGGUCGAUACUGCAUCAUGCGGCCAAUGCUGAACUGCAACCGCGAGAACCAUGCCACGAUCGUGCCGUCACCUACCGAAUGGAGAGAGGGCUGA